AAUGCAUUGCUCAUGUUAAAAAGAUUCUGAGCUUACGACAAAGCUGCGGAAGGUUCACCAGCGACUCUUCCCUGAGCUUGGAGACUGCAACGGUCAUUUGUCUCUACCGAGCUCCUCGUAUGUCCCAGAAUGAAGAACCAUUCACGCCCCUCCGAGUCGUUCCUCGAGUUAUCCGGUGACACUUUUUGCGGCAACAACAACAGUUGUCUCGACAUUCCACUCGAGCUCGUGAGCCAGGAAGAAAUGGAUCUCAUCGAUGCUGCCUUAGCGGCUGCUCACCCCUCUCUCACUUCCUCUCCGGCCCCUGCAGCCCCCGAAACUAGGUCACUGCCUCAGUUUCGGAGAGACGCGAAGUCUUCUCAAACAAUCACUUUGCUAUCCGAAAUGGAGCUCAUCGAAGCUUCCUUAACUGCCACUCGCUCCUCUCUCACUUCCUCGCCGGCCCCUGCAACCCCUGAAACUAGUUCCUCACGUCAGUUUCGGAGAAACUCUAAGCCUUCUCAAUCAAUCACUUCGCUACCCGAAAUGGAGCUCGUGAGUGAAGAAGAAAUGUGUCUCAUUGAAGCUUCCUUAGCCGCCACUCGCUCAUCUCUCACUUACUCGCCGGCCCCUGCAACCCCUGAAACUAGUUCCUCACGUCAGUUUCGGAGAAACUUGAAGUCUUCUCGAUCAAUCACUUCGCUAUCCGAAAUGGAGCUCGUGAGAGAAGAAGAAAGGGAUCUCAUCGAUGCUGCCAUAGCAGCCACUCCCCACUCUCUCACUUCGUCUGUAGCCCCAGCAGCUAGUUCGCCCUCUCUGUUCCAGAGAAAGGCGAAGUCCAUUCAAUCAAUCACUUCUCUAUCCAAGAGGAGAUUGUCAUUUGGUGCGGAAUCCGAUAUUGAGGAUUCAUGCAGUCUUGGGAGAAACCAGAAGAAAAGCAGAGAGGCCGAGUCUUUUUUGCGUCGAUUUAGGAGCAAAACCGGGUUGUUUGUCAGCGACAUUACUGCAACGGAAUGGUGCGAAAAACAAAUGGAGUUUAUUCUUCUCUUUGGCAGUCGAAAGAUUACUGAAGCUAUGAAAAUAGGUAGAGCUCGCCAUGCUAAACUUGAAGAAGAGGUUGUGAAAAAAGUGGAAGUUCAAGUCAAUUCAGCUGAGGAUGAAUGGGCUGUGAGGCUUACGAAGUUUAUAAUUGGUGCAAAUCAGUUACUGACUGAAGGAUUAACUCGUGAGUUGCCAUUGAUAGGCUUAGUAGAAGGUGUCUGGAUGGUGGGAGUGAUUGAUGAGGUCCGAAUGCCAGUAACUGAAUCUGAUAGAAACCCAAUAUUUGUAGACACAAAGACUCGUGUGAAAAAUGCACUUCCUUUUGAACCACAAAAAAGAAAGGGAAGGCUUCAAUUAAUGUGCUACAAGUAUUUGUGGGACAACUUAGUAACUGAUGAAUUCCCCUCCAAUCGCUUUUUCAAUUUCUUUUCCUUGAAUCCUUAUUCUAUCUUAUCUGAAGAAAUCAGAGAGAACACUGCUAAGUCAGGUUUCCCUGCAAAGAUCCUCGAUGACAUGGUGACAUAUUAUAGGCAUAAAUGCAGCAUGCUGUCCCCUGCUCAUGACCAGCUUUUAGUGCGAUAUGAAUUACAAAAGGACAAUAAAUUGAUUGGUGAAGAUCUGUUUGCAUAUGACUCUGAUUGGCUCAAGAGUCAAAUUCAUUGUUGUCUUGAGUUUUGGCGGGGAGAGAGAGAAGCCAAUUGCACUCCACCAGAAGAGCGUUGGAAAUGCCGGUUUUGUCAAUUUGAUAUUGUCUGUCCGACAAUCACCAAUCCUGAUAGUGCAUCAAGCCCUACAAAAGCCAAUCUGAAUAGUUCACUGAGCUAGAGAAAGCACUGACCGACACCGC